AGAUUUCAAAAUGGCGCAAUUUAGAUAGUCUGCUGUAUUCAAUAUUCAUUCAGUCUGAGGUUAAAGUUUUCGUACACACUACAGAGACUGUUUGAGGAUUUUUGUUAAAAUGGACACAUCAACUAUUCUUGAGGAGAUGGAGUAUACAACCAUAGAUGACGUUGAGAAAAUGGGCGCCAAGGCUCUUAUUUCGGAAAAGAUAAUUGUUAUGGUAUCGAUGUUCGCUGUUACAUUCCUGUUUGGGUUGAUACCAUUGAAACUGUUCUCCGCUGUCAGAGAAAACACAGAUGUUACAUCUAGAAUAAGAUGGAAGAAUGUUCUGAGCUUUGCUUCUUGUUUUGCCGGUGGUGUAUUUAUCGCGGCCUGUCUUCUAGAUUUAGUUCCGGACGUUGAAGAGAAGAUAAACGAGGUGCUUGAAGAGAUCAAAGACAGCUAUGGUGUAGAUGUUGAAUAUCCUCUGGCUCAGUUCAUCAUUGUUAUGGGGUUCUUCCUCAUACUCACCGUAGAGCAGACAGUGCUGUACUUUCAGGAAUCCUGGAUGUCUGAAGCGGAGAGGCAACCUUUAUUAUCCAGGUCCCGACAAACUAGUGUUAAUCAGAAUGAUUUUGAAUCUAUUUCACGACAAGAUAGCAUUACAGGACUCUCAAACGUGGUUCACCAUACGCAUGACGGGCACACAGAUCAUUCGCAUAUAUCUCAUGGUGUUUUCCAGCACAGUACACUUAGGAGUAUUAUGCUUCUUCUCGCACUCUCAUUCCAUUCAGUUUUUGAGGGUUUAGCGAUUGGACUACAAGACGACAGUGCCUCUCUCAUUUCUAUAUUUGUAGCGGUCAUUGUACACAAAGCGGUCAUGGCAUUCAGUCUGGGCUUGAACAUAGCGCAGUCGGUAAUGUCGGUGAAGAACUUUAUAAUUUCCAACUUCAUAUUCUCUAUCUCUAGUCCUAUAGGACUAGCAGUAGGGAUAGGGAUAGCUGACCUACCAAGCAGUUUACCCCAGAAUAUUGCGAAUGGAAUACUGCAGGGUAUAGCUGGAGGAACCUUCUUAUACAUUACAUUUUUCGAGGUUCUACCCCAUGAGUUGAAUGUGCCGACGAACAGACUAUGGAAGGUUCUCUUUGUUCUUCUCGGGUUUGCUCUGAUCUGCGGACUGCUCUUUAUAACUCACUAAUCAGAGUAAUCUCUUUAUAACUCACUAAUCAGAGUAAACUCUGAAUAAACCUGGAGAAAAAUAAAUGUUUGUGUUUAACAAG